AUGAAUCGGCGUAGAAAGUCAUCCAUUGACCAAGACAUUACCGUAGUCAAAGCCCAACUCGACAUCUUACGCAGGCGCGAAGCAGAGUAUCAGACACUCUUGGACGGCAUCCGGAGGCUCAUGGACACAGUCCAUGAUGAGAGAGUGGCACUCGAAACGAAGGAAAUAUGCCUAGACGCUCAGAAGAAACCUAUCAACUGGCUUCCGACCGAACUUCUAGUGGAUAUAUUUGUGGAAUGCACUACACUCCGGGGUCGUGAUGAUCAGGCCUUUUGCAUCGAUGACGUGCAGCAUCACCCACCAGUGGUCGUUUCCCAUGUGUGCCAACGUUGGCGCUGCGUAGCGCUCGCCACCCCGCGCCUUUGGUCUCAGAUUUCCUUUCAAGAUUACUCGUGGAACCCACGCCGGGGUCGAAUUUUUACGGCUCGAUCCCGGGGUGCUUUGUUGGAUCUCCAGUACUCCAGCUCUACGGAUAUCACGCUUAGCGAAGAAGCUAAGCGUGUGGAUUACCUCCUUACCGAAUUGGUCGCCGAUGUCCCCCGUAUCCGCUCCCUACUUUUCCGAUGCAAAGCUCCACAAUCCCUAGAAAUGGUGAUCAAGACGCUGGUCUGUCCAGGCAAUAAAUUUUCCCAGCUACAGUCUCUCGACCUCUGCGCCAUAAUUCCAGGUCCUGCUUACUCGAAUACUAUACCCCUUCUGUCGAGGGACCAUCUCAAAGAUAAGCCAGUCGAGCAAGCGGAGAACGAGGACGAUUCCGCUCGGAGAUGGAGCGGAUUGCACCAUCUUGUUCUGGAGGAAGUCCCCCUUCUCAAUCUUCCAAAAUACUUCCUAGUUAAUCUUAGAUCAUUGGUCCUCGUGUUCUGCCCUCGGAAAAACUUACCGAUGAGAAGAACAGCAUACCUUUUGAAAAUGUCGUACAUGUGCCAAUUCCUCUCUCUUACCCCCCGUUUGGAAGAGCUUACCCUGAACAACACCGUGCCUUUCUUCGAUGUCAUGCUUUCAAAAGACGCUGGUGAUCUCCCUCCUGACGAGGAAUCCCAUUUGAUACCAACGCCUCCUGUCAGGCUCGAUCAUCUGAAGAUUAUUGAUUGGAGUUAUCCGUAUGCUGCAGAUGUCCACCGAUUUAUGUCAUUUCUUGACGUUCCAAGAUUGGAAAAGUUUGACCUCCAAGUGGAGGAGCUUCCUCCCAAGCGAAGCGACAUGCUUCUUUGGCGAGGAUAUCAAAGCACGUCUCCACCGGCGAGUUUAGCCUUACCAAACGUCGUAGAUUUCCCAUCACUCCGUGACCUCAGUCUCCAAUGCGCUGGCGAAGAGCCUGCCGUUGCGGUCGUGCGGAAAUUCACCUUCCCAGUUCUGGAAAAAAUUGAGUUGGCUAACAUCGACACCGCGGCACAGUCGCUACAGGGUGGAGAGAUAUCUCCACCCAUCUUGCCGCGGCUGGAAUCCAUUCUCCGCGAUCCUCGAUUACCCCAUCUGACCCACCUGACCCUAUCCCGCUUCACCAUCUCACCGGAGUACGGAAGGGCAGACGCAUUGUUGGGUUACAUGCCUGUCCUCGUCUCCCUCUCUCUUGACGCAUGUGGAAGAGUGGAAAGGCUGAUGAAGGGGCUGGAGGAGAAGAUCGUCGGAGCCAUUAAGGCCCCACCACAGGGGGCAAAUCCGACUAAGCCUAGGCGUGGCGUCAAGGUUUGCCCUCGACUUGAGGCCUUGUCAUUUUGGGGCUGCCAUGAUCUGGACUUUGCAAGCGUGCUUGCUGUUGUGCAUUCCAGGAAUAGGCCCUAUGUCCGCGAUGCUGAGGACCCCCCCAAAAAUCCGGGUGGUCCCCAAGAUAAAGCGGCUAACCCUGUCACGGGGGUAUCGGGAAGGGGAAAAGGCGCGGAGAAGAAAGAGGAAGUAUCUAUGGGCAGGCAGAUUAGACCUCUUCGUAAGCCUCAGGGACACAGCGCCUCAGCUCAGAUAACUGGGGGAACCUUCGCCCCAUCAAGCAAUAUAGUGUCGACACUUAUUGCUGCACAGGAGGCCUUUCAGCCAGCGCACAUCUUGUAUGUCCGUAUCAAGGACUGUAAACUCAUCACCGAGGCAGACGCGCUUUCGUUAAAAGACCUCGGCGUCGCUGUAUGA